AUGUCUACCAAGAUCAUUUUUCAAUGUUUUAAUUCAUCAUUUCUGGCCCCAACAAUCCAACAUUACUCCCCCACAGGAGCGAUUGAGCCCGCCCCAAAAAUUGAUGGAUGGCACCGGGCAGCAGUGACACUGCAGGAGAACACGACACAUCGGUUUAACUGCCAAUCGGACGGCUGGGAUCCUCAUGCUCCUCCUUUGCUGACUUGGUACCUGAAUGGGGAGCGACAGGGAGCGCCGUCCCCCAACCGUGGGCGCCUGGUGAUGACAUCACAGGAAGAUUCUGUGCUCAUGAGACCAGGAACCAAUCACAACAGCACCUUCUCUCUGCAGGCCAGAAAGUGGGACAGGGAGCUAGUGUGUGUAGCAUCGAACCCCCGGACAGGAGAGAGUUACAAUGCCACAGUCACAAUCAACGUCCAGUUUCAGCCAGAGAUCCUCAGGGUGAACGCCCACUACACUGAAACCUCAGACCCCGGCCUGUCCCUGAUCCUCUUUGCCCUGGUACGGUCCAACCCACCUGCCACCAUCACCUUCGUUGACCAGUCUGGCCAUCUGGUGGCCAACACCUCCGACUUCUUCAUCCUGGACUCGCGCAGCUACCCCUGGCUGACCAAUCACACGCUGAGGGUGACGCUCAGUAGCCUAUCAGGGAAUUUAUCGCUGAAUGCCAGCAACAGUGUCGGAGCGGUGCAGAACAAUCUCACACUAGCAGAGUUCCUGCAGUCUCGUGUAGAGGUGCCCAUGCUGGGAAUAGUGACUGGGGGAGCCAUGGCGUUCAUGGCCCUCCUCAUCCUCAGUCUAAUCGUUCUCUGCCUCAUGCAAAAAAACAAAAGCAAGUCCAUCGACGAGCCAGUGGAGAUUCUGAUGACCAAGAAAAGUUACUCUGCCAACCUGAAAGUAGAGAAGGACGAUAAGACCUUCAUCCCAAGAGAGAACAUGUCUCUGCCUUCCAACAUGCAGCUCAACGACCUCAGCACUUUGAGAAAAGCCCGAGAGGCUGCCCAGCACAACAGUGUGGGAGAGAAGAAGGAAGAGGAGGAGGAAGAUCUGUCUUUAGCCUACGCCGCCAGAGGUUUUGCCAGAUAUCCGAUGGUGGGCUACAUCUAUAAGGUCAACAGCACAAGCAGCGAGGAGAUCUGGCUCUGACUUACCUCACACACACACACAGACAGUACAUGCAUGCAUAACUCCUACCAGAUGCAGUUGUCCAAGAGGGAACUACCAGUCAGUCAUUCAAACAAUCAUCAGUCCCCUUUGAGCUGGACAGGAAUGACCAGGACCCUCAGACCAUGUUGUUGUUGAGCCCACAUAUUAUAUCAACACACUCUGACUCUUUCUCCGCCUCAGACUUGUUGAAUUUCUUGUCCACAUAACAAACCUGAGGCCUGUACUACGAAGCCGGAUGCUCGUUCACUUCUUAUCGGGGUAAAUCACCAUGGUAACUUAUGCUGAACGGCUAACCUGGUUUGGAAUACGUUAAGUUGCAGAUAAGAGAUGGGGCGGUAUAAAAGCUCCGCCCACUGUGAGUGUGGAUGGUCAAGUCAAAAUCCUUUGAGCUACUCUGAUGAGUAUAUUUAUGAAAGAUACAGAUUCUCAUCAGAGGGAAUGAUAAACCUUUGUCAGCAGCUGGAGCUGAACAUAACCAACCAUCAGGGGGUUCUAUAACUUACACAUUCACACAAUCAGAGAUUUUUUCCCCCAGUUGUUCUUCCUGCAUUUAACAGCUGUAACUGUUUCGUUUAGUCUGAAUAAUGUGUUUUUGGUCUCCUCGCAACAGUUUGAUCCUCGUUUGUGAAAUAUGCGGCCCUGCUGUCAGUUCACUUGUCCAUGUCUGUGAUUGGUCAUACGCAGUAAACCCCGCCCGUUUCACUUGCGCCCUGGGUUAAAUUAACGAGUUGACAACCAGCUUCUUGUGACCACUUAGCCUGACUGUGAUUGUUUGUUACGUUCAGCUGGAUCCCUGAAAGGUAUCCUGGGUAUGUUGAACUCACUUCGUAGUACAGACCUCUGUUGAUGCUUCUCCUCUCUCUGGUAUUUACACUGCUGCUGUGUUGUCUCAACAAUGCAAAGUAUGAUCUGGACAUUAAAAAAAAGCUCACAUUAUGAGAUGUUUUGCUAUGAUUUCCCCCUGUAACCACAUGCUCAUAGUGUCGUCCUCCCCGUUGCAUUAAUUGAAUGCAUUAAAUGUUCUAUGCUAACACCAGAAUGUCCAAAGUAAUGUACUGUAUGUGAAAUUUACAAUUUUGACCAAUGAAACCUAUUUAAGGUCGAACAUAAUAAUAGAGUAUGUAUUUGUAUAUGGACAUGUUACAUGUCGAGCAUUGUAUAUUUGUAUGCAUAUGUAUAUGUGUAUA